CCCCUGUGGGAACCUUUACUUUCUUGUUCGCUUAUAGGAAACAGACUGGUCAGGGAAGAGGGACUGGUGUGAGCCUACACAAGCCCCACAGACAAGAGAUCUGGUUCCCUAUUACAGGGUUGUUUCAAAAGAGUAGUAGUUUGGAAAGGUUGUGUGUGGGUGCCGGCAGUGUGGAUCACAAGUUGUGUGGUGUCAGGCAGCUAUAGGGUACGUCUUAGGGUAGAAAAAGGGGCAAGCCUCUGACCUGGAAGGUUUGAGUAAACCAGAGUGACUAUGCUUGAUUGCCUCCAGUGAUGAGAGGCUCUCUCCCCUGUUUUGACCCUCCACUUCCUUAUAUGGAGCCUGUGCAUGAGCUUUAGGGUUUUUCUUAUCUCUUUGAAGCGUUACAGCAAACCACUGAGUGAUGGUUCCCAGGGCUGGAGACAGAGGCUCAGAGAGGUGAAGCCACACAGCACCGGGUUGACUUGAGCCCUCUCCCAUCCACCACCACUUGCUAGAGUUUUCCAGAAGCGAGACGGUCAUCUGCUCCAGCCGGGCCACUGUGAUGCUCUAUGACGACGGCAACAAGCGGUGGCUGCCUGCGGGCACGGGCCCCCAGACCUUCAGCCGAGUCCAGAUCUACCACAACCCCACGGCCAACUCCUUCCGGGUGGUCGGCCGGAAGAUGCAGCCAGACCAGCAGGUGGUCAUCAACUGCGCCAUCAUCCGGGGCCUCAAGUAUAACCAGGCCACCCCCAACUUCCACCAGUGGCGGGACGCCCGCCAGGUCUGGGGCCUCAACUUUGGCAGCAAGGAGGACGCCGCACAGUUCGCCGCGAGCAUGGCCAGUGCCCUGGAGGCGUUGGAAGGAGGUGGGCCUCCAGCACCGCCGCCACCGCCACCGCCAGCGCAGCCACAGGCGGCACCGCCCUCCUGGUCCGUCCAGAACGGCCCCGCCCCCGAGGAGGCGGAGCUUCAGAAAAGGCAGCCAGAGCACCUGGAGCGCCGGGUCUCCAAUGCAGGAGCCCCCCCUGCUCCCCCAGCUGGGGGACCGCCUCCACCUCCAGGACCUCCCCCGCCUCCGGGUCCCCCCCCACCCUCUGGUCUGCCCCCCUCGGGGGUCUCCGCUGUAGGGCAUGGAGCAGGGGGAGGCCCACCCCCUCCACCCCCUCUCCCCACAGCAGCUGGCCCCAGUGGUGGAGGGACUGGGGCCGCCGGCCUGGCUGCAGCCAUUGCCGGAGCCAAACUCAGGAAAGUCAGCAAGCAGGAGGAGGCCUCAGGGGGGCCCGCAGCCCCCAAAGCUGAGAGCAGUCGAAGCACAGGGGGCGGGCUCAUGGAGGAGAUGAACGCCAUGCUGGCCCGGAGAAGGAAAGCCACACUAGUUGGGGAGAAACCCCCCAAGGAUGAAUCUGCCAAUCAGGAGGAGCCAGAAGCCAGAGUCCCAGCCCAAAGCGAACCUGUGCGGAGACCCUGGGAGAAGAACAGCACAACCUUGCCAAGGAUGAAGUCGUCGUCUUCAGUGACCACUUCCGAGGCCCACCCCGCUACACCCAGCUCCGGCGAUGAGUCAGACCUGGAGAGGGUGAAACAGGAAUUUCUGGAAGAGGUGAGGAAGGAAUUGCAGAAAGUGAAAGAAGAAAUAAUUGAAGCCUUUGUCCAGGAGCUGAGGAAGAGGGGUUCCCCCUGACCACAGGGCCCCAGAAGACCCCGUUUCUCCUUUCCGCACACCUUGCCUGUCACCCUGCUUUCCCUGCCUCGACUUGACUUGGAAUUGGCUGAAGACUACACAGGAACGCGUCCUCCCCCCUCCUCAUCCCACUUGGAAAAUUCCAAGGGGGUGUGGCUUCUGCCAUGCCCACUCCUAUACUGGCUGCUGAUUGGCUGGGGAGGCCCCCACCCUCUGCUCCCUUUGGUCCUUCCCCUCGGCCAUCCCCUUGGGGCAGGUCCUCUGCGGGGGAUGUACCAGUGAACCCCACAGGGGGAGGAAGGAGGGAACGGCACAUUCCCUUGUUCUAGAUUUCACUUUAUCGCUUAAUGCCUUCAAAUUUUUGUUUUUUUAAGGAAAAAAAUUAUAAAUAUAUAUAUAUAUAUUUAGGUUUUGGGGGGAAGGGAAAUUUUUUUCUCUUUGGUUUUGAUAAAAUGGGGAGUUUUUAAAUGCUUUAGCCCCGGGCUUGUCGGAUUCGGGGCAGCUAUUUAAGGGGGGCGGUGUCCCACCAGGCUGGGGGCAUCUCCCCUCACCCCAGGGAACAUCCUUUCCCUCCGGCUCCUUCCCCUUUUCUAUGAGGAAUUAAGAUGCUGUAACUUUUUGGAACCUCAGUUUUUUGGUUUUUUAUUUGGGUAGGUUUUGGGGUCCAGGCCAUUUUUACCCCCUUAGGGAAAAUAAGAUGAGGGAGAAAGGAAAAGGGGAGGAAAGCUUUCCUCCCCUCUCCCACCUUCACCUUCAGCUUCUUGAAAAUGGGCCCCCGCGGAAUAAAUCUGCCAGUUUUUAUAAAUGCUAA